AAGUCUGUCAACAGAUUAUCUUCUUCUAUAACGGAAUAGACAUUUUUAGGAAGGCUCAGCAGCAUGAGAGUUGUGUAGAAACCAUAGAGUUAAUAUUAUAGAUAGAGAGAAAUAUUCAAUUGGGAAAACGAAACAGGACGUUUGGAAAUUUUGUUCAAGAUCGCGUUCUGGAUUAGGAUCGGAUAGUAAUCUACCUGAUCCAGAUUCACUGCUUCCGAAAAGCACUAAUACUGAUAAUACUAUAGACAUUUUUGUAAAUUUUAUUUGUAAAACAUAGUAAUUCCGGUUAAACAACUUUAGCGAAUUUUAUGACUGACAUAUAUCUUUAUAUUCUAAAGAAGAAAUCAACUCAAAUAGGCCUAACUAUUCUAGCAGAUAAGGCCUUUCUAAUAUCACGAAGAAGAAGAAGAAGAUUAAAAAGAAGGGUUAAUUAACGUUGACACGUAGAGGAAUUAUUCUCUUAUUGGAAACUAAAAGUUUCAUAUUUUUAGUCAGUCAAUGAAAAUCAUCAUCAUAUUAUCAUAUUGCUUUUCGUCUCAAUGAAAUUUUGUAUGUAAAUACUAAAUUCUUAGAAAAUUGUAAUGGCCAGUCCAAGAACACGUCGUGUUUUACAAGAAUUAAAGCCCAAUAAUGAGAAUAACAAAUGUUUUGAAUGUGGUACCCUCAAUCCCCAAUGGGUAUCUGUCACAUAUGGAAUAUGGAUUUGUUUAGAAUGUUCAGGUAAACAUAGAGGACUUGGAGUACAUUUAUCUUUUGUGCGCUCGGUCACAAUGGAUAAAUGGAAAGAUAUAGAACUGGAAAAGAUGAAAGUUGGAGGCAACAGAAAUGCCAGGAUAUUCUUUGAAGCACAGCCAGAUUGGGAUGAAGAUAUGACUCUUCAACAAAAGUACAAUACUAAAGCUGCAGCAUUAUAUAGGGACAAAAUUUCUACAUUAGCUCAACACCAGCCGUGGGAUGAAAAGAAAUCACCAGCUCAAAAUUACACAAGUAGCUUAAUUGGAAUUAAUUAUUCUCAACAAUCUAGCUCUAAGUCGAAUUACAGUUCUCCUGUUAAUUCUUAUCCAUCCUCAUCUUAUGAUUAUGAAAGUAGUUAUCAAAAUAUGAAUUCUCAAGAUAUUAAAGACCACAAAGAAGCCUUCUUUUCACGAAAACAGAUGGAGAAUGCUACAAGACCAAGUGAUCUUCCACCAAGUCAAGGUGGUAAAUAUAGUGGAUUUGGUUACACAAUGGAACCUCCCCCAAGGAGCCAAUCCCAAGAAUUCGUCGAUACAGCUAUAUCUUCUUUAGCCAGUGGAUGGUCUUUUCUAUCAUCUUCAGCAACAAAAUUAGCAAGCAAAGCAUCAGAAAAUGCAGUUAAAUAUGGAGGAUUGGCAAGUCAGAAGGUAGUUGAAGUUAGUUCUCAUGUAGGGGAAAAGGUUAGAGAAGGAACUCUGUUAAAUGAAGUUGGUUGCCAAGUUUCUAGUUUAGCAAAUAAGAUGGGCGAAUUAGGUAGGAAAGGAUGGAAAGAAGUUAGCAAUUUAGGUAAUGAAAACAACAGUGGUGGUGGUUAUGGUCAAGUUGCUGGUAAUAAUUAUUCACCUAGUGAAAAAUCUUCUUUGUACAGUCAAGGAAAUGGUUACGUUAGAGAAGAAGAUUGGAGUUAUGCUAGCCAACAAGGUUCUAAGGCGUCAAGUCCCAAAUCUCCCAAUCAAAAUUGGGAUGGCGAAUGGACGGGUUAUCAGAAUGAAGAUCAUGAUAGUUAUCAGUCAGAUUUGAAAAAUUAUUCUUCUAACAGUGCUACUAUAUCACCUGUAGAAGAAAAAUGUGUCAGAAGUAGUAAAAAAGAUAAAAAAACGAAAGAAAAUGAGAUUACAAAUAAUUGGACAGAUAAAUGGGGAGAUGAUGAAUUGUGGGAAAGUUUGAAUAAAUAAAAAUUAUGGUGGGGAUAGCUUAUAACAAUUUCACUAGAGUAUGAUGAAUUAACUCCCAUGCCAGAAAUUUUCUCUAGAUAUUCUAAAAAAUUUUAUUACAAUAUAUUUAGACAGUUUUCAACAUUUUGAUUGAUUCAUCUAUAACACAUGUCAACACAAAAUUUGACUUUGACUCCAAUAUAUAAAAUUUCGAUAGUUUAGGUCGUAAUUAUGCAAAAACAAUUAUAUAACAUACAAUAGUUUGCUUUUGUAUUUAAGAUACUGACUAAACGAUUAUUUUUCAAAAUUUGUGGUUUUAAUGUUUAAUUGAAGAUAAAAACAUUCAAAUAAAUAUAUUUGUAAUUUUUAUCAAGCUUUACUAUCAAAAUAGCUUACAAAAAAGUGAAAAACACUUGAAAAGUAUACACUUUCACUUUUUCAUUUAUUGGCUUUUAUAACGCUGUUCAGAGUUCAUAAUGCCCUGAUGAAAACGUUCUCCUUGUUCUUUUGAAUACAGUCCCAUAUAAUUUUUAAAUUAUUCUCAUUUGUGGACCAACAAAAACGAUAGCUUCAACCUUUGCUUCUGAUAACUUGGAAAAAAAAAUUUUUUCAAGUAUGCAGAAGUUAUCUGAGGUUUAUCGAGUUUUUUACCAAAUUAUUCCAUUAAGCCUAGCUAAAUGUGCAUUAAUACUUUUUCCGCUUCAACAAUUGAAUCAUAUUUUACGUUUUGUUUUCAGACACAAAAUUCUUUUCUUACUGGCCAUGACCAGUACAGUGCUUAGCAUCCGCCAAGUUAUCCCAUAAGCAUAGGUAAUAAGGAUACUUUAUACAUCCACAUUGUAGUCCUAUCAAAAAUCCAAUCAGCUGCUAGUUAUACUAGUCAUAAUUUACUGAUUUAAGCAAAAUUUUAACACUUUCAUAAUUUUCUUUUAAAUGUACUGAAUCAGCAAUUGGAAUAGAUGGGAAUUUAUUUCCGUUGUGCAAUAAAACAGCUUUAAAGCUUUUUGUACAGCUGUCAAUGAAUAAACGCCAUUCGUUAGGAAUACAAGGUAUGCCGAUUUCUUCGAACAUACCUUUUAUUUCGUUACAAAAACAAAGUCAAUCUUGUUUGAUAAAAAACGUUGAGAACGUUUAAUGCCUAGUUCGCUGAUCUGUGAUAUUCACAUCAGCAAAUAAAUCCCGCCGUUUUAAACGGUUCGCUUUAUUUUUUGGCAAAUUCAAGUCGUUAAAAUCUUCUGUAGUUAUAAAAUGGUGUUUUGGUGGUUCUGAUGUAGGUUAAAAUUCCAGAAUUACUACUGUUGAACUAAGAGAUGAGCUACUUUUUUUAGUGCUCACCUUCUAAACAUCUUCAACAAUAACUACAAGCAAGAUGUGGAGCCCAUGAUGUCUUGAUUCCAAACAGGACAGUCAAAAUAUGCUUCGUAGGCUUCACAGAGAACGUGAGAUGUCUUUAGUUCAUAUUUUAUGUCUUGAACUUUAAUAAAUUGACCACAUAUAAAACAAAAUGUACAUUUAUACCUUUGCGAUGACAUUUUAACAUUUUCUAGACAUGCAUAAAACAUCUGAUCGUUGUUAACACUCGAGAGCCAUCUGGAGGCACCCUACUCUGAUCUCGCAGUAUUUUUAAAUAUAUUAUAACUAAUUGAAAUUAAAAAAAAUAUUGAAAAUGAGUAUUAUUUCUAUAACUUUCACAAAAGCAAACUUUUUGUAUAUAAUUAACCGAAAAAUCAUAAUAUAAACUUGAAGACAUAGAACGAAUUUUUUUUGUUGGGUUGUGUAAUUAAUGUUUUAAUCAGAAUUAAGUUGGAACUUCUGGAACGGUUGUUGACAUUCAUAUUGUUUACUGUCAGUACAACAACGCUUGUUAUUAUACUGUCUGAAUCGCGUUUGAUAACCAAACAUAGGGUGAACUAAACUAAAAGAAUCAAUCAGGAUAUACUUACAUGUAGCAGUGUUUUCUCUAAUUAUAUCAAAUUCUAACAUAUAUUCAAUUACUAAUUUCUCUAAAAUUUCAUUCCACUCACGAAUUUUAUUGUUAAAAAUUUGGACUUCAAUUCUUAGAUGAAAUCAUCUACCUUUGCUCCAGUAUUAUUUCUAUCAAAAAUAUUCACAUACCUAUAAAAAUUCUGAUAAAGAUAUGAAAUUUUGUUCCAUGGGAGAAGGGUAGUUGGCAAAGAAAAUUUAAUAUCUAACUAGAACAUAUAAAGUUUUAAUUUACCUUCAGUCUCUAAAGUCGAUAACUUUCAAAAUAUUAUGAAACAGUUUAAUUGUGAAUGGUGGUGUAGUGACAGUGAACCGGGUGUUCAGUAUUAAUAAAAAUAUUAAAGUAUUGAACUACUUUGAAACAUGGUUGAGAAAAGUAUGACCUUUGGAAGCCUAUAACAACAAAAAGGACAUAAACAAAAUUGAUUGUUAAAUUCUAAGAAUAUUCUCGGAUAUCGAUUCUUGAAUGUUUUAGGCUUAAAGAAUUUGUUGUUUUUAAACAAUUAUUUCCAACUUAUUUAAUAUUUUAGUAAUUGAACAAAGUGAAAAAUAUAAAUAGUUUUGUAUCAUAUCAUGAUAAUCUUAAAGGAAAGGGUAUUAGUAUAAUUCACAAGUUGAAAAUUGUGUGAGAAAGAGUUUCAAUUUUUAAAACUAUUUGAAUUAUUUAAUUUAACUCCAAUUUAGGAAUGCGGUAUCUGAUGUUAUAUUCCGUAAAAUAGUAUUAAAUAAAUAUUAACUUAAAUGCUAUUGUUACUUGACAGCAUUUUACAGGAUCCAUGACUACAUUGAAUAUCAUAAAAACUUAUUCUAAUAUUGUAACCAAUAAAGAAAAAAAAUUUUUUUUAGUAACAAUAGCUUGGACACAUUCCGAAUGUAUUCUGAAUAUGUUCUGGACGUGUCAAAUGCGCAUGCUUUGUUCAGAAUAUGUUCUGAACAUACAUUCCUCCACGAACGAUUUAUGAACAAUAAAGUUAUAAUUUUAAUUCAAAACUAACUAGGAGAAUAAAAUGGCCGAAAGUUUAUUCUUGAUAUUUGUAAGUAUAAAGUCAACUACCACGUUUUUUAAAUACAAUUACGUAGAAAACCACCUAGGUUAGAGGUUAUUUCGUGGUAAAUAUCACAAAAAGGAUGAAUGCACAUGCGCCAGAUUGUAAAUUCUUACCGAGUAUGUUCUGAGUCCUUACCUCUGUCUGAGGAAACAUUAUAAGAAACAAUAUAAAUAAUUGAGAUAGAGUUUCAGAAGAAAAAUUCUUUUAUUGGAGAUUUCUUCUUCAAGUAUUUUCUCUUAAAAGUUCUUAUUUGUUAAUUUAUUUUAAGAACUAAAAAACUGUCUUAAUACGUUUUUUUUAUAAAUCAUUUUAGAUGAAAUGAAAUAUCGUACAUUUUUUCAUAUUCUUCAUUAUAUUUUUCACGGUUUUCAACUUGUAAUGUAGACUAUAUUGUCAUUUCUAGUAUUUUGGAUCCUAUAGUAUAUCUACGACUGUCUUCACCAUCUGUACUAAUUUCUUAUAGUUUUUAAGUAUAAACUAUUGUUUGCGGUAAAUAUUCAGUGAACCUUAACACAUAGGCCCGCUGAGAAACUUACCAAGGGAACCACAAUGGACACAUAGGUCCUCUAGUGAAACCCUCAAUUUUGUUCCAGGAAUACAGACGUCGUUGUAAAAUAAAAUUACCUUACAACUACUGCUAUGGUUCUUAUGAAUAUAAUUAUCACCUUAGGUUGAGCUUACCUUUAUUCUAUUCCAAAAAACAAUUCAUGGAAGCUAAUUUGCUAUUGUUUAGUCUAAAAUUUAUUCAAUGAAAAAAACUUUACAUUACAUCAAGUUUAUCAAUUUUUAUUAAACUUGUCAAAGCAAGUCAAACAGAACUCCUUCAUUACAGUCCCUACAAAAUGUUACCACUUUUUUAACCUGGUUUUUCGAUAUUUCGUUGUUCUUGUAUUUCUGAUAACAUCCCCUACAGCACUUUCUAUUUCUAUGGAACUAACCUUUUUUCACGAUUCAGGGAUUGUUUCGAAAUCAAAUUUCAUGUGAUGGCAAUGUAUCGCCACUGAAUAUUGAAAGGUUCAACCACCAACUCAUUCUCUUCCAUUUCUUCAUCUCCAGAAGUAGUGGUAAUAAUAGCAGAGGUUGACGGUUUAGAAAACGUCGUUUUUUUCUGUCUUUUACGGCUGUAUUUGAACCUCUAUGUUCUGAGGACGAAGAUAAAGGAUCUUCAUUGACGAUAAAAUCAGGAUCAUCUGAUAAAUUAUCUACCGAUACAAUAUUCCAUGAAAAAUUUUUACAAAAAAACUGAAUUUCGAUAACGCACUAAAAAGUACUACUAAGUAAUAUCUGAUUGCAGCUUUUGAAUGGAAAAACAAUGUUUGGUCAAUAGGAAAAUAUUAACAGAAAUGACUUGGUCGUCAAAGUGUUCAAUUUUGUGAUCUUUAACUAUAUUUUAAAAAUUGAAGCAAAGAUAUAGAACUUUUUUAAUUCCAAAAUCUAUACUCUCAAGUGAUUAUUUUUCUAAUUUUUUUCUUGUAAAGUACCUCAACAUUUUGCACGUUUCUUCUGGUUCUUGCUUUGAAACAUGUAUUUGGAUGGUAUCUGUUUAUCCAAUUGUUGGACCCAAGCUUCCAAUAGAGCUCUGGAGAUAGAUCUAGUCAAACUAUUCACAUCAUUAUUUACAGUACUAUUAUUAAUUAUAGAAAUAUUUGGGCGUGAAAUGUAUAUUUUUAAGGUACAUAAAAAUGAGAAAAUUUUCAAGUGAAAAAUUGUACAAACCAAUAAUUGACCGACUUAUCAUUUCUAAAUGAUGGCUACGUAGCUAGAUCUUGCUUAAGGGGAGCUUAUUUUUCUUUUUAAUUUUCAAUUCUCAAUAAUAGCAUAAAUGAAUUUCUUUGAAUUCAUGAGGUACCCAAAUAUCAAGCUUCUUAACUAGCCCAAGACAUUUUAAGUAUUUUUCAACUGUUGUGUGAGAUACAAGUAGCCUCUUCGCAACCUUUCUUCAAUUAUUACUUUGAUUUGGUCAUCAUCAACUUCAGUAGGUCGACCAGAACGUUGCUCAUCUUUGAGGGAGUUCAAGCUGGAACACCACAACAUAUUAUUGGACAUGUUCAAUAGUAUUUUGUCAGGUAUAUCAAUUAUUGUAUAAUCAACCACUAGAAAAAUAAAAUUCACUGUUCAUUUUUUAUAUGAAAUGUCAGGGUGUCUGUGUACCUACCGGACACUACACAGCACGCGUUAAAUCAUUUUCUGUAUUAAAACACCAGUUUGAAACUGUACAUAAACAUGAUUGAUGGCUUGUGAGGUUUUUUAAUCAACAUAGAUAUAUGACAGCCUUGGAUAUAAAUAUACCAUGUACAUUAGUAAUUAAAUAUGGAAUUGUAAUUGGUGAAUAGUGUACAUUACAUAUGAUUACAUUAUUAGAUGUUUGAAAUUUAGUGAUUAUUUAUAUAAUUCAAUGUCCGUAUCUUCCAUGUUGCAUUAACAAUUAAAACUAUUUAAUUGAA